AUGGCUCUCAAGUCUCACGCAUUGAGCGUGACUGGAUUUGAUCCAGAGGAUCUGGCUGUGGAUGUUGGAUACUGGUUUAAGGAUAGCACCAACCGUAAGGGUUACCUGUCAGAAUUCUGUGAGUUCCAUGGAAGCGAGUACAUGGAAAAACUUCAACACAUUUCCAUUCGUUGGCUGAGCCUGGAGAGGUGUUUGACUCGCCUUCUGCAGCAGUAUGAGCCACUCACCAGCUACUUCAAGUCAUUAAAUGAGAAACAACCAAGGUUUAGAAGGCCGGUGGAUGCAUUUUCUAACCCAUUAACAGAGGUGUACCUCCUCUUCUACCAAGCAACAUUGCCAGCCUUCUCCACCUUAAACCUCCUACUCCAGAGAGAGAAGUCCUCAAUCUUCCUUCUACAUGAAGAGAUGACAAAGUUCAUCCGCAAGUUGUGUGCAAAGUUUCUGAAGCUUGCAGCACUGCAGAACCAAGGAGUUCAUGAAAUCCAAUACAAGGACCAUUCAAACCAACUGUUUCCUGAACUGCUUCCAUUCCACGGACCCCAAGAGCAUGAUCAGCUCAGGGAGGAGUUCCUGGACUAUCAACUGAUGGACAUCCCUAUGCCCCAAGACCCAGCCACGUUUGACACUGAGGCUUUCUGGGGGAAUAUGUCAUCACUGAAGAACAGGGUGACUGGUUUGAGCAGAUUUGGACGGCUGUCUGAGAUUGCCAAAUUGGAGUGCUUCCACACUCCAAUGCAGAUGCGGAGAGAGUGUUCUCCAUGGUGGGACUGA